AUGGCAGAAGAGAAGAAACCACACUUGCAGCCACCGCCGUCGUGGUCAGCCCUCCCGCUGGACCUAGCAGGCCUGGUGCUCAGCCUGCUCCCCGAGUACGCCGACCGCGCCCGCUUCGCCGCGGUGUGCCCCCAGUGGCGUGCGGCCGCGAGGCAGCAGCCCCAGACCCCGCCACUGCCGCUGCUCGCGCUCCCGGACGGCACCUUCUACAGCCUCCUCUCCGGCAAACCCUUCCGCUUCCCUGGCUGCGGCUUCGCUGGGUACGAGAGCGUCUGUGGCAGCUGGCUCGUCUUCCCGCGUGACGACGGGUGCUUCCUGGUCAAUCCAUUCUCUGGGGCCACCGUGACGCUCCCUGCUCUCUCCAGCGUCCGACUCCGGCCUCCAAAUGCAGUCGCUAAAUGGUCAGGCCACAGAAGUGCAAAGAUUGCCGACCCUUACAUCACAUGGAUGCAUAUCAAUACAUCAGAACAGCUGCACAUAAGUAAGCUACUCAUGUGCUCGGCAAACCUUGUUGCUGCACUGGUUGGAAUUGGGCACACCAGUCAGAUUCUAAUGUGCCAGCCAGGGGCAUUGUCCUGGUCAGUGCGUGCUUAUGAUCAGUGUAAGAGGUUCGAAGACAUGGCAUUCUACCAGGGAAAGCUCUAUGCCAUUGCUGAUGACGAGAACCUCCUUGUGGUGAACAUCAGCCAGGACCAUAGCACUGGUGAUCCACAGGUUUCUCGGAUUGGACAAGUCAUUGAGGGUGAGCCAUGGUAUCCAGCUGUGUUUGAGGACAACACUAUGCGCUGCAAGAAGCUCUACCUGGUUGAAUCACAUGGGGUGUUGCUGAUGGCACGAAGGAUGAUCUUGUGCCAGAUCAAUACCAACACUGGAGUGUGCGGCGAAGUUGUUGCUGGACGGUUUGAGGUUUUCAAGGCUGACUUUGAGCAUUCACGGUGGGUCAAGGUGUCAACUGUGGGGGCUGACCAAGUGUUGUUUCUAGGGCGAAGGUGCUCCAGGGCCAUGUCUGUGUCUCUGUGCGGAUUGUCGGGUGAUUGUAUCUUCUUCCUGGAUGAUGAGGAGGAGAAUCGUAUGGAUUACCGAUACGACGGGGAGAACACCUCUUUCUGCUUCUUUGAGAUGAGAUCUAACGAUGUGUAUUCCGCUCAUCCAUUUAUUUUCUGGAAGCGUUGUGAUGAGAAGCGUCCGGCUGCAUGGCUCUUCCCUCAGGACUGA